UUCAUCUUGGGGAUAUGGUGCUUUUCCUCGAGUUAACUCUUAAUGCGCUGUUCAUUAAAAAUGCAACACAGUGGCUUUUGUGUACUGCUCUUGAAUAGGGAUGGCUCUUAUCAGCUGCCUGAUCAAGUGAUGCAUUAAAUGCGAUAUUGGGGGGGAGAAAAAAAGAAGCUUUUUAAAAAAGAAACUUUUUUCUUUCUGUUUUUUGUCAUUCUCUCUCUUUCUCCAUCGAGUGUAGUCAGGCCUUUAUCAAGUCGAGUCUUCUAAUUGCUGAGGUGAAAUCCUCUUAGGAUCUGCGCUCUAUUUCUGUUCGGUCUACAGGGUUGCUUUUGAAAUCUCCAUUAGACCAAUUUCAUUGGCUGGAAUAGACACACGCAUGCACGCAAAAACACACACCGUCCAGCAACAGAUAGCUCAGUGAAGUGACCGAGUGGAGAUCAGUGCAAGGUUAUCUGCUGCUACAAAGGGAGGACCUCACUGUGACCGUGGGAGUGGCCACUUUCAUCAGGUCAUUCUUCAAGCAGUAGCUUUAAGGACUUACAGCAAGCACGUAAGUCUGCCGCAGUGACAACCAAAACAUUAUCUAAAUCAUUGAUGGCACCAUGUCGGCGUUUUCUCGAUUUUCGUCCUCCAGCUAACCAACCAGGAAAAUGUCUGAGCAACUGAUUGACUUGGAAGAGACCGCGACCCACACAGGCCCCAAAGGGGUGAUCAAUGACUGGAGGAGGUUUAAGUUGGAGAGCAUGGACCAAGAAAACUUGAAUCCUGCAAAAAGGGAACUGCUGAGACAAAUGUCAUCCCCCAGCAGAGCAAAAGAUACCUCCAGAGCAAACCUUAACCGCAAGAUGAGUGUCCAAGAGUAUGAACUGCUUAAGGAGGAGGAUGAAGGAUGUCUAAAGAGCUACAGAAAGCGGUGCAUGCAAGAGAUGCAUGACAAGCUCAGCUUUGGGCCAAAGUUUGAAGGCGUGUAUGACCUGGACAGUGGAGAGGCUUUCCUAGAAGUUAUUGAAAAGGAGCAUCACAGCACGGUUGUGGUUGUGCACAUCUACAAGAAUGGGAUUAAAGGCUGCGAGGCACUCAACAGCUGCCUUGACUGCCUGGCCACUGAGUAUCCCACCGUAAAGUUCUGCAGGAUUGACGCCGUCGCCUCCGGUGCCGCCGAGCGCUUCUCGGAUGAAUAUUUACCCACACUGCUCGUGUACAAAGCUGGAGAGCUACUGGGAAACUUCCUGUCCUGCACACAGCAUCUAAAUGAAGAAUUCUUUGCUACUGACGUGGAGGGUUUCCUCAACAGCUACGGCCUGUUGCCAGAGAAAGAGCUGCCUCAGAUGGAAGACGAUGAAGAGAACGACAUAGAGUAAAUGAAGAGUUUGGCUGCUGAUGAAGAACCGAAGGAAGAGAGAUCUAAAAAAGACAGUUACAUUAAUAUAUGAAAAUAUUGCACUGGGUUUCAAUAAAUAGGCGAGCGUAACAUCUCCACCAGCGCUCUAGUGUUUUGGGAUUGUUAUCUAAAGGAAAAAAUUGACAUCCAGUUGAUGACGAAACAUCAGUGACUCAUAUAUGGGCGGAUAUGGGGGUGACAGUUACGGUAAUGUGAGAAGAGCAGCUUUUAUUAAUAGAAUAUAUAUAUAAGUAUAUAUAUUUAGAGAGAGAGAGAGAGAGAGCACAACUCCCCUCACCAUUACCCUGAUACAAGCCAAAACUGUAACAUUGACUGCAACGCUGUAUCUACUUGUAAAAAUAAUGAUUAAUAGGGUUUUUUUGUAGUUUUUAUAUUUGAUUCGAUUGAGGUUUACAAAGGAUGCUUGUAAAAAGUCAGGGUUUGUACAAACAGACAUCCCCAAAUGUGUUACGUGUGUAUAUUUGAUGUAUCCCUGGUGCUCUGAACAUUUAAAAACAGAGGAAGUAAGAAAAAGAUCAACUUUUCGCAGCUUCAUUUUCAUCACUUUGAUCAUAGAUGGGUUCAUUCAUGUCUGCGCAGGUCAUACUGUGAAUUGGAAACAAAUGGAGUAAGUCACAAAAAAGGAAAUGGUUAAUGUUGGGGUGCCUGUGUGUAAUCUUACCCCACAAAGUCAUGGCUCAGCAAAGUGUCAACAUUGUUGCAUUUAAAGUUGCUAACAUCAGGUUUCCCUUUAACCUUUGUAUUAGUAUUUAAGUAAACAUACUCCUGUCAGUCAUAAUAACAAUAAUAAUAAAAAAUCGAAUGUU